AUUUGUAAAUGAAACAGAACGACUGAAGUUUUAUUUAUGCCAUGUGCCGCUGGCCCGUUGCCUUGUUAUGCCCAUAUGUUGGCGACUGUGCUGGGUGUGGAUUAAAAUACACACUACUAUAAUUUAUUUAGUAUUGUAGACGUCCAACAAGUGCUUCCUAACAGACGCAGAAGUAUACAAAGUGCCACCUUAUCCUUGGCUUGACGAUAUUUUACGCCAUAGAAACGCUUGUAGUUAUUUGUACUCGUUGAAUUCAAAAUAAAAUUGUCAUAAAUCUAUAUCUUCUGCAGCUACGUUAAUUAGUGUAAAUCUUGUGUUGUUUUAUCAGCAGUGUAUGAGAAUACAAGCCGAUUAAAAGAAACUGACAUCCGGGAAUACUAAGCGACAGCGCACGCUUUGCCGCCUCGAUUUGUCAUGAAGGAAGAACCACUGGAUGCUUUCUCGCCGGUCGACACGGGACCUGAAAGCUUCACAACUGCACCGGAACAGGACCAAAGUGCAGAUACAUUUCUGGUCUCGGAAAUGACAGAAACUCAGGAGCCUGAGAAUGCAGCUGUAGAGGAAGAUGAGAUUCAUGCAAAAACACAGCCAUCUGAGUGGCACAGGUCAGAGGAAUCCGAAUCGGGAGACACAACAGUGGUCACUCCAAGGUCCAUCCCACAGGGCCAGGACCAGCCUACUACUGACAAGUGUGCUGCCAUAAUUGCCAGAAAUGACGAUAUCCUGCAUGGUGAUAGUAAUCACAGUGGCAGCAGUAAGGAAUGUGACAAGAACAAAAGGGACAGACUCCUACUGUCAGGACAGGUGGUGUACUCAGAGAUGCAGGAUAAAGUAGGUACCCAUAAAGACACCUAUUCUGUCACAAACAGCACGUCGAGUGACAGAUUCCGCAAGGCCACCUCCGAUGCCGAUUGCAAUCGCUACCGGACAAAUGCCGACUGCGAGAGUGUCUCCCCGUCAGGGAACGACCGUGUCGUCGAGCUGCCGUCACUGCCACCUGUCGAACGGGACGUCUACACGUGCGACGUCUGUCGGGAAGCGUUUACUGACAAGGGAGCUCUGAGAACCCACUUGCAGCAGCACGUGCUGAUAUGUGACAUCUGCCACAAGGCUUUCCGUGGCACCGACGGCCUCGAGGUGCACUACCGGACGCACACGGCCGAGAGGCCCUUCCCCUGUGAGGCCUGCGGCAAGGCGUUCUCGCGCAGCGAUAAGCUGAGGCUGCAUUCGCUGCAGCACGCGGGCCGGUGGCCCUACCGCUGCGAUACCUGCGGCGAGACGUUCUCGCGCAGCGACAACCUCAGGCAGCACACACUGCGGCACACGGGUGAAUGCCCCUACAGCUGCAGUGACUGCGGUAAGAAGUUCUCACGCAGCAAUAACCUCAGGCAGCACCGUCUGCAACACACGGGCGAGCGACCCCACGAGUGCGGCGUCUGCCACAAGCGGUUCACCAACGGCAGCAACCUGGCGCAGCACUCGCGCGUCCAUACGGGCGAGCAGCCCUACCGCUGUGACACCUGCGGCAGAUCGUUCGCGCGAAGCAGAAACCUGAGAGUGCACCGUCGCCCGCACACGGGCGAGUGGCUCUACGCCUGCGACGACUGCGGCAAGGCGUUUGUUUACGGCAGUGGCGUGCAGAAGCCCAGGCAAGUCCGAACACAGGUGGAGUCUUGAGACUGUGCCCUCUUCUGGAAACAUUUUGCACAGACGACCAGUCUGAACUGGCACUCGUGGCUCCACAGCUUCGGAAAGCCGAGAGGUUCUGCAGACAGUGCAAAAAUGGGUGCUUAUGAACUUGUCGUGCAUCUUACGACGAUUUCACACUGUGACACCCUUAUUCUAAUUAAUAUUGUUGUAGCAGUGAUUCCAUAAUACAAUCAGAUCAUUACAAAUUAAUUAUUUGCAAAUGCUUCAGGUAGAAUAGAAAUCUUAUGUACAAAUUAAAAAAUGUUUAGAACAUAGUGUGUCACAUUGUAAUCGAAAGUAUUGAACUUUGUAUUUUCGGCUGUGUAGGAAUAUAGAUGGUCUCAUCUGCUUGCUGCUAAAAACAGGUGUCACGAGUACUUCCUGUUUGGAGUACAAUGAGCGUUCCACAGACCGCCGGAGCCAGUAGACAGAAAACUUCGACGACACUUGAACCUGUGUUGCGUGUACACUGUGCUGUGAGAUAUUUAUCAAUAGAGGGUAUUUGUACCAGUAAUUUACUUUUGCCUGCAUCACACAGGAAGUAAAUAGCGACUGUAAACAAAAUACAGCAAGCGAUUCUGAUUGUAGAUUUGAUACAGAGCGUGAUCAUGAGAGCCACCCAAUUAUAAGGAAAUGUAAAAUUGAUAAGGCGAAGUGGAAGAAACGGGUUGCAAA